GCGGCCCCCCCUGAAUCCUCCGGCUCCGGGCAGCGGCCCCCCGAAUCCUCCGGCUCUGGGCAGAGACGUCCCGCCCCUCCCCGAGCCAUGUGCACGGGGUGCUGCUCGCGGCUGGUGGGGCUGGCGCUGGUGCCCAUGGCCCUGGGCUGCAUCGUGGCCAACAUCCUGCUGAUCUUCCCCAACGGGGAGACGGGCUGGACCGAGCACCUCAGCCUGCAGGUCUGGCUGAUGGGCGGCCUGGCCGGCGGGGGGCUCAUGGUUCUCUGCCCCGGGCUCUCGGCCAUCCGCGCCGGGGGGAAGGGCUGCUGUGGAGUCGGAUGCUGCGGGAACCGGUGCCGGAUGCUGCGCUCUGUGUUCUGCUCGCUGUGGGGCGUCCUGGGGGGGUUUUACUGCCUGGUCGUGUCCGCCACUGGCCUGGCCAAUGGGCCCCUCUGCGAGGACUCUGAGGGGACAUGGGGGUCGCCCUUCCAGGACAUCAGCGAGAACUACCUGGCGAACCGGACGCUGUGGGGGCUGUGUGUGAACCCCCCCCAAGGGGUGCUCUGGCACGUGGUCCUGUUCUCCAUCACCCUGGGGCUGGGGGCCCUGGAGCUGGCCCUGUGCGCCGUGCAGGUGGUCAACGGGCUGCUGGGCACCCUGUGCGGGGACUGCCGCAAGCCGGCCGAGCGCCAGGGCGAAGGCCUCUGAGCUGCCGAGAGACCCCGAAAACCCGUUUCUGGGGGGCUCUUUCGGGGGGGCUCUUUCACUCCUUGUCACGCACUCCCCGUCUGUCUGUCCAUCUCGGGGGGCACGGGGUGAAGGUCCCUGGGGCUCAGGGACUGUGGGAUGCCUGGGCCCUUUAUGGUGGGGGCUCCAGCUGGGCCCCCCCCAGACCUCGCUCUCCCGAUUUGAAGCUCUCAGCCCCCCUCACCGCCCAGCCCUCCAGCUUGUUCCUGCCCCCCCCACCCAGCGGAUUAAAGAGCCCCCCUGUUCCUUC